AUGAAAGGGGUUAUGAGAUUUGGGAAAAGAGGGAAAUUAAGUCCGAAGUAUAUUGGACCAUACGAAAUUACUCAGCGGAUCGGAAAAGUGGCAUAUAGGUUGAACUUACCUAGUGAGCUAGAAAAGGUCCAUAGUGUGUUUCAUGUGAGCCAAACCCGAAAGUAUGUACCGGAUGCGACUCAUGUAUUACAACCUGAGAACAUAGAAAUGGAGGAAAACCUGACUUAUGAGGAAAGACCUGUCAAAAUUUUGGAUACUAAAGUCAGGAGCACAAGAAACAAGGAUGUGAGGAUCGUAAAAGUGUUAGGGAAAAAUCACAGAAUUGAGGAAGCAACAUGGGAAGCUGAAGCCGAUAUGCGGAAGCGCUACCAAGACCUCUUUCUUGAGGUUAGUGGUCGAGUUACGGGGGCGUAA